GGCUGUCUGAAUAGAACACCCCUCUCUGUCCUAGCAUUGAGAUGAAGAACCUACAAUAAGUGGCAAGCUAUGGAGAGAUCAAAAAUAGUUUGAAAUGUGGAGGUAUUUAUUUCGAUGAUAUUCGUCUCGGAAACGAUGUGAAAACAAAAGGGGUCAUCCAUUUACGGACUGUCAGAAGCCCAUGGCAAGCAGCUUUAAAUUUGGCUUAUAAAGCGUACCAUGGCUGCUCGAUCAAGCUUGUACAAUGAGGACAGAAAUCUACUGCGUAAAAGGGAGAGCGAGAGGAGAAACCAGGAGGCACACCAGGAGAAGGAGCUGUACCUGGAGAACGCACCCCUCUUUGGGGAGCCCUACAAGACAAAAAAGGGAGAUGAGCUGUCCAGUCGCAUCCAGAGGAUGCUAGGCAAUUACGAGGAAGUGAGGGAGCUGAUCGGGAACAACCCUCACCAGAGUCUGGUCAGCAGGCCCAAGAACCUCCCCCCGACCGGGUCGUACAGCAAGUCCAGUCGACCCCCUCACACGGACAAAACGCUGCCCCCAUUCCAGAACCCUCCGCAGUUCUCAGCAUCCCAACCUGGCCCUCCAAGCGGCGGCUCCGCCCAGGCCCUGAAGAAGCUCCCAUCCAGCUAUGGCCCCUCAUCUCUGGGCCACGGCCCGGGCAGCCCUGACCCCCACCAGCGGAAGAGCCAGGCGUGGCCGGACCUUGGGGCGGGUGCCAGCCCUCCCCCCAUCCUGCCCACCCUGUCCCCGCCGACCGAGCCCCUGUCCCCACUACAUUCCAGCGAUCACAGCGAUUCUGAGCCCCCGGAUGCCGACGACAAGGACUCCGUGCGUGGCCGCUGCAGGUCCCCUGGCCAUGGAGAUGCGUCCCACCCAGAGGCCCAGGACAUUCCCUCUCAGGCCAGCGAGGGCGCCCCGCUCCCCUCCCAGACCUUCCCCCCGCCCCUGCCCUCCAAGCCCAACCUCGUCAUGCCCCAGAAGCCCACAGCCUACGUCAGACCCAUGGACGGGCAGGACCAAGUGCCCAGUGAGUCCCCGGACCUCAAGCCCUCUCCGGAGGACUUCCAUGGGCAGCCUUACGAAAACCUGCCUGACCUGAAGAGCAGCACCAAGCCUGGCCUCUCUAAGCUGAAGAUCCCAUCCCAGCCCAUUGAGACUUUGUCAAAUGAAGCUCACUGUGUCGAGGAAAUUCUGAGGGAAAUGACACACUCUUGGCCGCCUCCACUGACAGCCAUUCACACGCCUAGUACGACUGAGCCCUCCAAAUUCUCCUUCCCAGCAAAGGAAACACAGCAUGUCCAUUCUGGUUUUUCGGGACAAAAACGCUAUGGGUCCUCUCCAAAGGCACCGUCGUCGAAUUGUCAGCAGGGAUCAUCAGUGGUCCAGGGCACCAGCGCGGUGUCGGCACAUUCCAGCGGGGGCGAGUCCGGCAGCUCCAGCGACUCGGAGAGCACCUCAGGGUCCGAGUCGGACAGCGAGAGCAGCGAGAGUGGCGCCGAGGAGGCCCCCCCGCCCCAGAGGAGCAACCCGCCGGCGCCCAAGGCUGAUGCACCUACAGCAAACAAGUGGCAGCUGGACAACUGGUUGAAACAGGUCAACCAGCAGAACUCGAAUGUAGACAGCCAGGGUGACACGGCCCAGAGUCUCAGCCCAGCCACCAAACAGCAGCAGCAGCAGCAGCAGGAGCAGCGGGAGGACGACGGGGAAGCCGGUCCCGCAAAGGACUACAAAUCUCAGAUCCCCGCUCUCCUGCCUGAGUUCGGUAACAAUGAGGCCGAGCCUGCGAAGGAAGGCCCGCACGGCCAGCCCGGCCGGCACAAGUCCCCCGCUCGCACCGACAGGGGCCAGCGGAAGACGGUGGGCAGCAAGCACCCCUCCAAGGCGGCAGCGUCAGCCCCCCAGCCUGAGGAGGCCAAGCCGGGUCUGAGGGUGGAGAGCGUGGAGGUGGCGCCCCGCGACCUGGACCGGACUUUCACCGAGAGACCAAAAGUCAAGACGAAAUCCGGGCGCGAGAAGGCUGGUGCCAAAGCGGAUGGCAAGAAGCCCGCCAAGCGCGGUGCCACAGACAGGAAGAAGCCGAAAGAGCCCGCCCCCAAGGAGGAGCCGGCGCCGGUCAGCGGGAGGGAGGAGGGGCACGGCGGGUCACCCAGCCCGGCACGGGCCCGGCCGCUGUCCCCCCCGCCGAAACCCAGCACGGCCAGGCCGGAGAAGCCGGCUCAGAAAAAGUCCCGGGGGCUCUCCCCGUCUGGGGACAGGAAGCGGGGGGCCUUGCGGAAGAGCGCGCAGAACCCCGCCCGCGCCCUGGUGGUGAAGAUCGAGCUCAGCCUGCUCUCCAGGGUCCCGGAGCCCCGGGUCCAAGCGGCCUGCCCCGCUGCCAGGGGGCCCGACGCUGCAGAGGGGAAGAGGCCUGAGGCAGAAAAGGGAGAGGAAGAUGGAGACGGCCGCAGCACUGCUCUCCAAGCCUGCAGAAAAAGACCCGGCGAGAAGGAGGGACGGGCACCUCCGAAAAAGAAGCCAAAGUUGGACAAAGAAGCCAAGCCUGCUGCCUUGGAACAGAGCUCCAGUAAAUCCAAGGCUCCCAAAAGCGCGGGUAAGGAGCGAGACAAGAGGAAGUCGAAGAGCCAGCCCGUCACUCAGGAACUCCCAAAGGGACCCGGGCACAAGCGGCGGAGCGACGAGGCUGGCGACGCCGGCGCGUCCCGGGACAGCAGCCAGUCCCCGGCCAAGCACAAGAAGGGCGCGGCCAAGCGCUCCGAGCACCCCAAAACCGGCAAGAAAGCCCCGAAGGGUAGCUUUGAAUUCUCAGUGCCUGUCCAGCCCGCUGGAGCCCCCACUCUGUCCCGUCCCCUCCUGAAGUUUGAAGACAGGCAGUAUCCUGUGGAGUAUCAUAUGAAGGAAGCCAAAAAACUGAAGCACAAAGCGGAUGCCACGUCGGAUAAGGUCAGCAAAGCUUUCAACUAUCUGGACGCCGCCAUGUCCUUCGUGGAGAGCGGCAUCGCCAUGGAGACGGACCCGCAGACCCCGAAGUCGGCGUACACGAUGUUCUCGGAGACGGUGGACCUGAUCAGGUUCAUUCUGAAGCUGAAGAACUCUCUGGACCCGUCGGCCCCGGCGUCUGAAAAAGACUUUGCCGUUUUGUGCAUGCGAUGCCAGUCCCUUCUGCAGAUGGCCAUGUUCCGCUACAAACGAGAAGCAGCACUUAAGUAUUCUAGAACCCUCUCUGAGCAUUUCAAGAAUUCCUCAAGGUCAGCCAGAGCUCCCUCACCAUGUGUCUCAAAAAGUAUGGGCACGCCCUCCCCGAUGUCCCCGAUGCCAUCCCCGGCCAGCUCGGCCAGCUCCGGGCCGGGCUCCAACCACAGCAGCACCGUCACCACCGUGGCCAUCCCCCAGGUGAUCCAGCAGGUGGCCUCCUCCUACGUCAACAUCACCGCUCUCUUCCUCAGCGCCCAUGACACCUGGGAGCAGGCGGAGGCGCUGGCUCAGAGAGGCAGCGGGCUGCUGCUGGAGCUGGACUCCACGUUGGGCGCCCUGAGCCUUACCUCCAGCAUGACCUCGCUGGUGCGCUACACCCGCCAGGGCCUGCACUGGCUGAGACUGGACGCCAACGCGGCGUAGCAACCGGCCUGCCCCCGCCCCCGCCCCACUCCACUCCACUCCCGCCUCACCCUGUCGAAAACCCCCCCCCGCAGAAACCCUUUCGCCUCGCGUUCAAACCUGGCCCCUCCCCACCCUCGACCUAUGACCCUGACCCCCCCCAACCUUUGCACUUCGUCAAUCAAGAAACCAAGCCUGCCCUGAGUUCUGCUAAUAUAUUUUUUUUUCGCCCUGCCUGUAGAACGAAAUGGGUUAGGUGUGUCUGUACCAAAAACAACUGGGUUCAUUGUAAUGGAAUCCACCUUUAUACCGUUGGGUACCAGCCCUGUGUCGCCGCACCGGUCUCCAUUUACAGAAAAUGUCCCCCUCCUCCGAGAGGAACGCAGUUGAGACCAGCCCUCGUGCUGUCAGAGGAACGGACCGGGUCCUUGGAGGGUCCUCGGAGCGCGGCCUUUACGGGGGGGGUUCGGAACCCAGGAACGGCACACGCACACGUUAUCCGGAAACACCAUGCCUACCCACCCCGCACGGGAUGGCCGGAGCGUUACCUGUGGGAAUGAACAGACAGCAGACCACUGUCCCCGUCCUACAGCCUGCCUCUGUCACCGUUUGGACCCCCUCGUCACCCCGAACACUCCCCCCGAUCCAAGAACUGGCUGAUGAAAUAACGGGAUGUUCAUGUCUCUGGGUCACAUGAAGAUCUGGGGGCAUUGUGUGUGAGCGGGAGGUCGGGUCAGAUGGAGCACUGGGUAAUUCUUUUUUUUUUUUUUCUUCCCCUCCCCCUUUCAAACUUAUUUUGGGUGCCAAUGUUUUUCUCCUGUGGUUAUUUAUUAUCAUUAUUUUCUAUUAUUACUAUUAAUAUAUUGACAUUAUUUAAUGAAAUCAUUAGUUUGAUGAACUCUAGGUAUUAACGUGAAAAUGUUUGAAGCCAGCGGUCAGUUGAUGACUUUUUGCCCUGCGUCCGAGUGCAUAUUAAAGAAAGCAGCAGUGCACCAAGCAACCAGUAUAUGUGGCAGGGAGUUAAAGAUAACAACAAGAGUAAAGCAAGCUUUUUUUGUCCUCUCUUUCACCUAUUUUAUCAGUUAAAGUAAUCAGACAUGUUGCUGUUAUAGAGGGUCCCAGGAGCUUAAAGUAUAUUUUGAAGAAGGCAGUUUUUUUUAAUUGGCAUAUUUAAUUUACGGAGGCCGUAUAAAUCUAGGCAGGAAUAAAUGCAAAAAUGGACAAUGUGUUUCAGCUUCCUUGCUUUAGGGAAAGGUAUAGAGAGAGAGGGGGCAAUCUCUGUGCUACGUUGGGAUGGGCUCCAUUGUGUUAUUUUCUGCCAGAGUGGAAGGUUACGUUUAGUGGAUUUUGCAUAUUUUGCUCAUUUGAACUCCCAUUCAUUGGAAUGUAAAAGUACUGGAAAAUAAUGCACAAAGCAGAUAUAUCAGAGCCCUUGUCCAGGACCAAGUGUUCAGACAGAAGUAAUUCUACCUCAUCUGCCCUGCACCCUGAGCAAGAUCUGAAUUGGGGGCUUUUGUAGCAGUCUGAACUUCUUGAUGGAUUGGAUUGUGCUUCCAUAAUUAAAUAGACACUUAAAUAUGCUCCUGGUACAUUCAGUCCCCAAUAACACAUUGUCUGCUUACUCAAACCAAAUCCUAACCGCCAACCAUUGACAAUGAAAUAGCUGUAACUGACCCAAGGUCAGUGUUUGGGACUGCAAUUGGUCUACACCCUUUGUUACACCUGUGCAUAAAUUGUACAUUUCCCAGGUUUUUAUAUAGUGAGACAUUUUACACUCUAGUGAAUCCUGAAUGUGUGCCUUAGAUUAUCAAAACUGUUAAAGCUUCUUUUCCCCAACCCAGAGUAACCAUUGUAUAUAUCAACAGACCACUGUAGUUCAGUUAUUAAUGAACUCCAAUUCAUCUGCCUGGUUCUAAAGGGUGAUUCUUGUGUUUGUAUAAAUCUGUCCUUAUUUGAAGGAAAAAAAAUAGAAACAAAAGUGUGGAUUCUGUCAUUGUCUCUGUCUUACGAAUAAGAAAAAUAGCAUUGCGAAGCACGCAGUACUGUUUUUUACCCAAAGCAUGAUCUUUUUCUCCUGUAUUAAAGCACAGGCACAGAGAAAUCAGAAAACAGCCUAAAAUGCACUUCAAAUCCCCUUUUAACGUUGCUUUACUGGAUUCUGUCAUUGUGGCGUGUGAGGAAAGGCUGGGGAAACCUGACUGUUUGUACCGACAGGAAAUCACGUGAUCGAUGCAUUCAGUCCCACCCCUCUGAUGUCACUUCCUGUAAUCAUGUACAGUACCCAAGCCCGGAAGACUGCCCAGACUUCAAGACAUGGUCAUAGUGAAAUCACAAAGGUUUUUUUUUUUUUUACAGGUCUACUAGAGAAUGCUCAAGUCAAAAAUGUUCUUAACAUGUAAUCAAACUAUGAGUCUUAAAACUUUUUAUUUUAAAAAUACUGCACCUCUCUGACUGGGCUUGAACAGCUUUAGAUAAGAGCUUAAAUUUAGAGGGAUCAUGGGGGAUUGUUUCAGUGAGUGAACCUAAACAUAGCUGGCCAUAAUCUACAGUUCUUGUGCCCAAUUUCUUACGAGUGCCUACUUUACACAGUGGACUACUAAAUUGCUUUGCUUAAUACUGUAGUUUGAAGUCGGAUAUGACCGUACCCUUCAUAUCAGUUUUCAUAGCAGCCGGUCUCUUAACUCAGUCAAGGAUCAAAAAGGGGAAACAAUCAGUCCAUUUAUCUUCAACAGCCUUUGGCUCACAUUGGUCAUCUUUGUUGACUUCA